CGUACCGUUGGACGAGUAGAAGAGGCCGACACUGGCACGCUCCCCGAGGCCGGGCCCUUUCACGCGCUCCCACUCUCCUUUUCUUACUGCUAUUAUUUCCAUUUCCAAUUCAAAGGGUUUUAGGGAAGCCUAGAUUCUUUCCGCUUUCACAUUUUCUUAGGGGUUUUUUUUUUUUUUUUGAAGAAAAAAAUCAGUCAUUCCAUGAUGAACAUCUUCAAGAAGAAGACAUCUCCCAAAGAUGUUUUGCGGACUAGCAAGAGAGAAAUGGCUGUUGCAACCAGAGGCAUUGAACGUGAGAUUGCAUCUCUUCAGCUGGAGGAAAAGAAGUUGGUGGCAGAGAUCAAGAUGACGGCCAAAACUGGAAACGAGGCUGCUACUAGAAUUUUAGCUCGCCAACUUGUUCGACUGCGGCAACAAAUAACUAAUUUGCAGGGGAGUCGUGCCCAAAUCAGAGGUGUAGCAACUCAUACACAGGCAUUAUAUGCCAGUACCUCAAUAUCUACAGGAAUGAAAGGUGCAACUAAGGCAAUGGUGGCGAUGAACAAGCAAAUGGCUCCUACAAAGCAAGCAAAAGUAAUAAAAGAAUUCCAAAAGCAGUCAUCACAAAUGGACAUGACGAUAGAGAUGAUGUCGGAAGCUAUUGAUGAAACUUUAGACAAAGAUGAGGCUGAAGAGGAAACAGAGGAGCUCACCAACCAGGUGCUUGAUGAGAUUGGUGUGGAUAUUGCUUCUCAGGUUGGAUUCUUGAAAUUGAUCUUAUAAAAAAUUUCCGUGAUAU